AUGGCUGCGCAACGACAAGCCUCCUCUGCCUCGCAGACUCCUCACAUCUCCCCCGCGGAACUCUCCUAUCUCUACACAUCGCUCUCCCUCCCGGGUACUCCGAUCCGGCCAGACGGCCGAUCACCAACGCAAUUCCGCCCCCUCUCAGCAGAAACAGAUGUCCUGCCGGGCACGAAUGGUAGCGCGCGGGUCGGAUUUGCGGACGGCACGCAGGCUAUUGUGGGUGUGAAGGCGGAGGUUGAGAAGACUGCUCUAGGGGUACAGGCGCAGCAACUAGAGGGUGCGGGCGGGAAUGGUGAGGCUGGCGCAGACGGAGAGGGUGGUGUAGCGACCUCCGGACAGGGCUCGUGGGUUCAGAUGGCGAUUGAGAUCCCGGGGUUUAGGGACGAUGAUGCCCUGCCUGUUUUUCUUUCUGAGAUGAUGAGGGAGCCGUUGGUGGAAUCCGUUUCAAGCGGGGUGAAGGACGAUGGAGAGAUGGUUGGCGGCCUGAAGGGACGGCUUGUUAUCAAUCGCCGGUGGCAUUGGAGGUUGUAUAUUGAUGUCCUGCUCCUCUCACAACCGCUUUCCUAUCCCCUCCCCCUCCUGUCUCUCACAACCCACCUCGCGCUCCUCGCAACAAAGUUGCCGAAACUCAAGUCAAAAGGCGAAGAAGAUCCCUUCUUCGACGACGACUGGAACGCUGCGGAAUACUUGUACCCUCGCAUCAAACCCGCGAAGACCAACAUCCCCGGCUCAAUAUCCGUGCAUAAAGUACGCCCCCCCGUGACGCUGCUCGUUGUUUCUGUGGCGGAGAAUAUCAUCUUCGAUCCAAGCCGUGAAGAAAUUGCUGUGGCGGACGCCGUGCUCGCCAUUUCAAUAGCACACGACGCCGACUCAGGUCGGCUGAAGCUGCUCUCGAUCCGCACGAUCGACCCUCCAUCUCGGCUUACACAGCCGGGUGUUCCGAAUUCAGAGAAUGUGGCGACCGUUGGGUCUACAGCUGCGGCGGAGGAGUCUGCGAUUGUCAAUCCUUCUACGGGAGAGGAGGAGGUGCCUGGUGUCUGGAAGCCGAGACGAGGUGGUGUAAAGAGGGCUACGAUUGCCAACAUGGUUAAGAUGGUGCUGGAGCAGGGUGGUGUUGGAGAAGAAGUCCUUGAGGGUUUGGAGGGAGUUGAGGUUGGAUGA